AUGUCAACUACCGGAUUAAAAUGUUGUCGUAAAUCAAAUUGUAAAUGUUCUGCUCCUUUACAUAAAGAAAUAGCCAUUACCACUCAUGAAAAAAAUCUCGGACUAGUCUACGAUGAGCCAAUUAAGAAGCAAAGAGAAAAUAUAAAAAAUCUCUCCUUCAUAGAAGAAAAAUAUUUAGACCAACCUCAUAUCCGAGUGGCAAUUCAUAAAAAUAGUAAAGAGCCAGUUCUGGAAAAUUGGGUAAAUCAUCCCGAGAACCGAACCAUCAGCAAACUAUUAAAAAUAGGUAAUUAUGGUUUAAGAACUGGGACCAAAUUAGGUAAAUACUAUUUUUGUGCUUUGGAUAUUGAUAAGAAAGGAGAACAAUUCCAUUUUUCGCAAAUCUCCUAUAUUAGAACUUCCAAAGGAAGUCAUUAUUAUUUGCUUCUUAAAAAGUUGCCAGAAAAUGUUCCUUUAUUCUAUCAGGGAGAAAAAAUUAGGAGAGUAAUGUCCCUUGGAAAGCAAGUUGUUGGUAGUGGUUCUAUUCAUUCAAGCGGAAUUAUUUAUCAGUUUGUGGAAAGAGGUGAAGUUUUUUUAAAGUUUGAAGACAAGGAGGAAUUAGCCGAUUACUUGAAUGGCUAUGGAAUUGUUUUGGAAAACGAAAAAGAAAUUCAAACUUAG